GCAGUCGCGGAGUCGAGACAUGGCCGACCCGCCGCCCCCUGCCGCCCCACAAGUCCGCGGGGAAGGGGCCUUGUCCCCUUUAUCCGGGUCGUAUCUACUCAUCGUAGUGGCCGAACCGAAAACAGACCAACACAAGGAUGUUAUCCUCAACAGGAUCUCUAAAGGGUUCCUAUCCUGGGAUGAAGAGAAAGCACACGUCGACAUCCACAAGGAACUCACAACUAUUGCCGAACUUAACCUCGAAGGAGAAGAACAGAAGGGAGGAGAAAGGUUGAUCCAAUAUGCUACAGAGAAUCUGGUCGCAGAGGUGUUGAUCCACCCCCAAGUCAACACUCUGCAACAGUGCCUCAAGAACCUCCUCUCUUCAUUCACCAAACAUAGACACAUCAUCCAUGCCGGAUAUGCCUUUGCUGGAUCUGGAUCAUGGAUGCUACAGGACGGGACUUUCUCGGUGGCUGACCUUAUUGCCGCCUUCAGCGAGUAUGAAGUUCAACGCGUCCUUCAUGCCUACGAGAACUGCAUCACCAUUGACAUUCACUGCGCCCCAGAAGGUCACUGGUCGACCAGCUACCUUGCCAAGGAAUCUUUUAGCAAACUAUGCCGAGUGACAGUCAACCCAGACGACAAGAUCGAGACCACCCCCGGGAUCUCGACUUUCGUCCAGUACCUGUCACAGUUCCUUCUCUCCACACCAAUCGAGGAGCUCCUUGAACCAUCAGACAUUGUGGGAAACAUUCGGUUCUCUCGUCCCACUCUGUAUGUGUUUCCUGGUGGACAAGGUGACUCGGCUCUCUUCGGUGUCAAUGGCUUCAACAUGCUCGUGGACGGUGGUUAUAAUUACAAAGCCUGUUUCUGGGAUUUCACAAGGCAUCUGGAUCGCCUGGAUGCCGUCCUUGUCACAAGACUCAACAGCUCGAAUCUCAUGGGUAUUACUAAUGUUGUUCGUAGAAAAGCUCUUAGUUCAGUGUAUCCACAGAUUGGACAUAUUUUCUGUAAUGUUGCUGGUAAUAUCAAAUCUCCCGAUGGUGACAAAGACAGAGACCCACUGCUUAUUAAUCUCUGGGAUGAAGGACACAUUAUGCGUGAAAAUCUCAGACAAAUUAGUUUGAAACCACAUUUGUGUUUCCGUGAUAAUGCAAUGGAACCAAUUAAUUUGUAUCACAAAGUAGGACAUGGCAAAUUGGACAUGUAUGUGAUAAAUCCCUCUAGAGACAGUAAGGAAGUUCGAGAGUUUAUGCAGAGGUGGAACAAUGAAGUGAUCGCAUCUGACAUGGGUUUAAGUACCUACAAAAUCGGUGAUAAAGUCUUUCCUUGUCCACUCACAAAUGUUACCUCCAUAUGUGCCCUCCUAAUAUGGCAACCUAAUGACCCCACAGACACAAUUACCAGAAUUCUCUUCCCCGGAAGUACUCCACAACACAAGAUCUUUGAAGGCUUAGAAAGAUUAAAGAAUUUAGAGUAUUUGAAACACACAACUUGUUCAGCGAAGUCUAUCAAGGCCGCUAUAGAAGAGCGGAAGGGUAUCAAAACUGAGGAAAGAAUUAAGAGUGAAGACAAAUUAUUAGCAGCAGACAUUAAACCUAGCAAAGCAGUCAGUCCAUCCCCUCCCACACACCGAAUCAAGAGAGAAAGAGGAGACCGCUCCAUCAGCAGGGAAGAAAGGAGAAGAAUCAAGCUGGAAAGAUCUGAGCGACAAGAGAAGGUGUUGCGAGAAGCCAGAAAGGAGAAGAAAGUGGAAAGAAAGAUCGAAAAGAAGGUCAUCAAGAAAGAAGAACGGAAGGAAAAGAAGGAGGAGAAGAAGGAGGAAAAGGCCGCAACCGAGCUAGAAGAAACGAAAGAGAAGACCGAAGGCAUCACCAUCGAGUCUUUAGCAGCGAUAGACGAGGCUAAGGUCAGCGAAGCCAAAUUAACGACACAAGAAAUCACCGAAACUGUUACAGGUGUUUCAGUAACCAAAGAAGCAAUUAGUGCAGUUACCGACACGAUAGAAGCAAUUACAAAGAAGGAUGUAGUUGAUGCAGCUGAACGAAGAGAAAUCACGACGCAAGCUGUAGAAGUCACAACUGCUGUAACCGACUUGAAGUCUAGAAUAGAAACUACAGGAAUUACUGAAAUUAAGGAUAUACAUGAAAUAGAACCUUUAGAUGUUAAGGAAGCCUCUCUCGUCUCAGCGGAGUCUGGUGUGGUGACAGGCGAAGAGAGAGAAUCCUCUUUAGAAAUUGAAACCUUAAAAGAAAUAAAACCAAAAGAAAAACCAAAGGAGAAGAAAAUUAAGGAAACUGGGACCCCUGAGAAACCCAAAAGGUAUCGCAAACCCAAAGUUGAAUCCCGUAUUGACACAGGAGACAGAAGACCAAGACCCGAAGACAGGGCCGCACGAGUAGAGAGGAAGGUAAAGGAGAGGAAGAGUCUGGAAAGAAAAGAAAGAAAAGAACGUAAAGCAGACGAAGAAAAGCAGGAGGAAGGAGAACAUGCAGAGAAGAAACCAGAGAGAAGAAUAAGAAAGAUUAAGAGACCUGAGCACAAAGUUGAAGAUGCAACCACUCCCAAGAAACCCUCUACACCAGAGCUAAAGAAACGCCCAAGAAAAUUAAUACCAACCGAAAAGAAGGAGGUUAAUGGAGAAAUAAAGCAGGUUAAACCAACAGUUCCUAGAGUACCAAGAGAAAGAAAGGUAAUUUCGAAAACUACGACUACAACUGCACGAGAAAUUACGCACAAGAAACUAGUAGAUGACAAGAACAGAGCAGCAAAGGCUGCCGAGGCCGCUAGAAAAGAGCUGAAGCCAUCGCCCAAGCCAACGACAGCACCACGGACUGUUGCAAGAAAAGCUCCUGUCGGCAAAGCACCGAAGGCGAAGAAGAUCGAGAAGCCCCCUGCACCGAAAACUGAGGGACCAAUUAAGAGAGUUAUUACAGGUGCAGCUGUGAAGGCGGGGGUAGUAGCUGCAGCCGUCUCGGGCGUUGCUGUUGUGGAAGCAGCAGCAGACCGAGAGGAUGUAGAUGAAAUUGUUGCACCCAUGAAAGAGACAGAUAACCUCAUGCUUGCCCCUGACCAAGACGAAGAGGAUCGAAUCUCCGAUAUUGCCAAUAUUCCAGGAGUACAAGAGAUCAAGUUAGAUGAAGACACUCUACAAAUUAUUGACAAGCAACAGCUAGAGGAAGAAGAAAAAGAUUCCUUGAUACUUCACGAGGAAGGUGUUGUUGAACAUGUUGAAAAGGAAGACAUAAUCGAAGAAGUUGAAGAGCAUGUAGAAGAAGAAGCGGAGAAAGAAAUUGAGGAAAUAGAAGAAGAGGAAGAAGAAGAGGAGGAGGAGGAGGAAGAAGAGGAAGAAGAAGAGGAGGAGGAAGAAGAAGAGGAAGAGGAAGUUGAAGAAAGAGAGGUUGCAGUAGAAGAAAAAGAAGUAGAAGAGAGAAUACGAGAGAAAGAAGUAGGCGAGGAAGAGGAGGAAGGUCCGGAGGAUGAAGAGAAAGUCAGCAUCACAGAGAAAGAGGACGAAGCAGAGAAAGAAAAGAAAGACAAGAUAACAGAAGAAACAAAAGAAAUAGAAGAUAUUGCCAAACUAGAGGAGAAACAUGAAGCAGAAGAUAUCUAUGAAAAAAUUGAGACUGAAGACCGAGAUGUUUAUGCAACUCUACCAAGCAGCGCAAAGCUCACAGAAUACAAAGAAAAGUACGAGGAAAAACCAAUCCGUGGUCUUUUUACUGGUUUCGCCAUGCCUUCCGCCGAACCACAAGAAGCUCCCCAGAAAGCACCAAGCCCGAAGCCCAAAGAGGAAGUCGUUGUACCAACUUCCCUACCAGAGGCAAUAUUCAAACCAACUGCGCCACCUGUUCAUCCACGUGAGAUCAUAAAAACACCAGAUGAAGUGGAUGAUCUACCCAUACAUGAAGAAGUCGAGUCCAUUGAACAUGACAUUUACGAAGAGGAUAUCGAAAUGGAGAAACCAGCUGAACAAGAGCUUGAAGCAGGUUCUCCACUCCUUGAAGUUAAGGGAGAGUUACAGAUUAAAGAAGAAGUAAUUGCAGAAAAGCAUGAAAGGGAAAUAAUCAAAGAGGCUAAGAAACUACCAGAAAAAGAAUUUGAAGAGGAAGAUGAAAUCUCAAGAGAAGAAAAGGUCUCAAAAUCUAUUGAAGACUUUGAAGCAAAAUAUGCAGAGUUCAAAGCGACUGCUGUCUCUGAAGUCAUCCAGAGAGGAGAAGUCGUUGCUGAAGCAAAAGAAAUAAAGAAAAAAGUAGACAAAGUAGAACUACUGAAGGACAUUGCACAGACCCUCGAAGAAAGAGAAGAAAAGACAGUGAUUAUAGGAAAGGAAUCUUCGCCAGAGGUUUCUGAAGAAAUCGAGAUGCCUGUCGUCAAAGACAAAAAACCUGUCAAAGCAGUGACACCUUAUGAGGAACUUGACUUCGAGAAAAUCCCAGAGAAGGAAAGAAGAGUGGAAGACGAAAAGGAUAUAGAUGAACUUGAAUUUGAGAGUAAAGAAAUCUUGGAUGUAAAGGAGAAGGAAAUUACCGAAAUGAUGGAGAAAGAUGAAGUGAGAAAGCGAGUGGAGAAAGAGGAAAUUAUUACUACCGAAGAAGUAACUGAACUUGACAAGAAAGAAGCUUACAAAGCUAAGAAACUGAUCACCGAAGAACUCGUCGAAAAGGAGGAGUUCAUAACAGAGGAUAUUCUAAAGAAGGGAAAACCUGUUUCAGAAGAAAUCCUAGAAGCAAAGAAAAUUUCCCCCGAAGACACCCUUCUGAAAGAGAAAGUGGUCGUGGAAGAAAUGCGAGAAGAAAAGGAAAAGACCUUACAAAAAGAAAUAUUCGAGGCGGAAAAAAUUACAAAGGAAGAAGUAAAAAUGGAGGAGGUAGUAGCUAAAGAAAAACUAGAAGAGAAGAUCACGAAGGAGGAAGUAACUAAGAAGGAGGCAGAAGCUAAAGACAUACUGGAAGAAAAGAUCACGAAGGAGGAAGAAGUAAUGAAGAAGGAGGAGGCAGUUGCUAAAGACAAACUAGAAGAGAAGAUCACGAAGGAGGAAGUAAUUAAAGAAGAAGAGAAGAUCACGAAGGAGGAGGAAGUAGUAACUAAAGACAAACUUGAAGAGAAGAUCACGAAGGAGGAAGAAGUAAUGAAGAAGGAGGAAGCAGUAACUAAAGAAGAGAAGAUCACGAAGGAGGAGGAAGUAGUAACUAAAGACAAACUUGAAGAGAAGAUCACGAAGGAGGAAGUAACUGAGGAGGAGGAAGCAGUAACUAAAGACAAACUAGAAGAGAAGAUCACGAAGGAGGAAGAAGUAAUGAAGGAGGAAGUAGUCACUAAAGACAAACUAGAAGAGAAGAUCACGAAGGAGGAAGAAGUAAUGAAGGAGGAAGUAGUAACUAAAGACAAACUAGAAGAGAAGAUCACGAAGGAGGAAGAAGUAAUGAAGGAGGAAGUAGUAACUAAAGACAAACUAGAAGAGAAAAUCACGAAGGAGGAAGAAGUAGUGAAGGAGGAAGUAGUCACUAAAGAUAAAAUUGAAGAGAAGAUCACGAAGGAGGAAGUAACUAAGGAGGAGGAAGUAGUAACUAAAGACAAACUAGAAGAGAAAAUCACGAAGGAGGAAGAAGUAGUGAAGGAGGAAGUAGUCACUAAAGAUAAAAUUGAAGAGAAGAUCACGAAGGAGGAAGAAGUAAUGAAGAAGGAGGAAGCAGUAACUAAAGAAGAGAAGAUCACGAAGGAGGAGGAAGCAGUAACUAAAGACAAACUAGAAGAGAAAAUCACGAAGGAGGAAGAAGUAAUGAAGAAGGAGGAAGCAGUAACUAAAGAAGAGAAGAUCACGAAGGAGGAGGAAGCAGUAACUAAAGACAAACUAGAAGAGAAGAUCACGAAGGAGGAGGAAGCAGUAACUAAAGACAAACUAGAAGAGAAGAUCACGAAGGAGGAAGUAACUAAGGAGGAGGAAGCAGUAACUAAAGAUAAACUAGAAGAGAAAAUCACGAAGGAGGAAGAAGUAAUGAAGGAGGAAGCAGUAACUAAAGACAAACUAGAAGAGAAAAUCACGAAGGAGGAAGUAACUAAGGAGGAGGAAGCAGUAACUAAAGAAGAGAAGAUCACGAAGGAGGAGGAAGUAGUAACUAAAGACAAACUUGAAGAGAAGAUCACGAAGGAGGAGGAAGUAGUAACUAAAGACAAACUUGAAGAGAAGAUCACGAAGGAGGAAGUAACUAAAGAAGAAGAGAAGAUCACGAAGGAGGAGGAAGUAGUAACUAAAGAUACUCUUGAAGAGAAGAUCACAAAGGAGGAAGAAGUGAUGAAGAAGGAGGAGGCAGUUGCUAAAGACAAACUAGAAGAGAAGAUCACGAAGGAGGAAGUAACUAAAGAAGAAGAGAAGAUCACGAAGGAGGAGGAAGUAGUAACUAAAGAUACUCUUGAAGAGAAGAUCACAAAGGAGGAAGAAGUGAUGAAGAAGGAGGAGGCAGUUGCUAAAGACAAACUAGAAGAGAAGAUCACGAAGGAGGAAGAAGUUCUUGAGGAUAUCACGGUUCGCGAUAUCGUGUCGAAGGAGGAGAUUGAAACAGUUGCAAAAGAAGAAAAGAUUACGAAAGAAGUCACAAAGGAAGAGAAAGAGCUGGAAGAAAUUACAAAGGAAGACAUCAUUAAGAAGGACAUCACAGAGCAAGAGGAAUUAAAAACAAGUGCAGAAGUGAAAAUCACAAAGGAAGACGUCGUAAAGAAAGACGCAAUGCAAGAAAUUCUAGAAGAAGUGAAGGUCACAAAAGAACUUGCAAUGAAGGAAGAGAGCAAAGAAUUUAUAGACAAAGAUAUUGUUGCCAAACAAGUCGUAGAAGAAGAGGUUGUAAAAGAAAUUACAGAGAAAGAUUUUGAAGUUGAACAGAUCACAAAGGAAGAAGUUUCAGUAAAAGAAGAAAUCACAAAGAAGGAGGUUCCUAAGAAAGAAGAAGUUAUCUCAAAGGAAGAGGUUGAAGAAAAGGUCACAAAGGAGGAAGUUCCCAAGAAAGAAGUUGACGAAAAGAUCACAAAGGAAGAAGUUCCUAAGAAAGAAGUUGACGAAAAGAUCACAAAGGAAGAAGUUCCUAAGAAAGAAGUUGACGAAAAGAUCACAAAGGAAGAAGUUCCCAAGAAAGAAGUUGUCACAAAGGAAGAAAUUGAAGAAAAGAUCACAAAGGAAGAAGUUCCCAAGAAAGAAGUUGAAGAAAUGAUCACAAAGGAAGAAAUUGAAGAAAAGAUCACAAAGGAAGAAGUUCCUAAGAAAGAAGUUGACGAAAAGAUCACAAAGGAAGAAGUUCCUAAGAAAGAAGUUGACGAAAAGAUCACAAAGGAAGAAGUUCCUAAGAAAGAAGUUGACGAAAAGAUCACAAAGGAAGAAGUUCCCAAGAAAGAAGUUGAAGAAAUGAUCACAAAGGAAGAAAUUGAAGAAAAGAUCACAAAGGAAGAAGUUCCUAAGAAAGAAGUUGACGAAAAGAUCACAAGAAGAAUUGACGAAAAGAUCACAAAGGAAGAAGUUCCUAAGAAAGAAGUUGACGAAAAGAUCACAAAGGAAGAAGUUCCUAAGAAAGAAGUUGACGAAAAGAUCACAAAGGAAGAAGUUCCUAAGAAAGAAGUUGACGAAAAGAUCACAAAGGAAGAAGUUGAAGAAAUGAUCGCAAAGGAAGAAAUUGAAGAAAAGAUCACAAAGGAAGAAGUUCCUAAGAAAGACGUUAAAGAAAAGAUCACAAAGGAAGUUGACGAAAAGAUCACAAAGGAGGAAGUUCCUAAGAAAGAAGAGGAAAAGGUCACAGCGGAGGAAGUUCCCGAGAAAGACGUUGAAGAAAAGAUCACAAAGGAAGAAGUUCCUAAGAAAGAAGAAAAAAUAACCAAGGAGGAAAUCCCUAAGAAAGACGUUGACGGAAAGAUUGAAGCA